AUGGCAGCAGACAUUGCAGAAGGUGCAGAGCACCCUCUUGAGCGUGCCCACUUCUGGUCAGUGGCGAGCAUCACUUGGCUCACCCCUCUGGCACGGAAAGCUGUAAAGGGCAACCUACAAGUCCAUGAUGUUUGGAAAGCACCUGCAGGACAAACGGUGGACACAGCCGUGCAUCGCUUCAAGCUUGCUUGGGAGGUGGAGCAGCAGAGGAAAACCCCGUCGGUCGCCAGGGCCAUGAUUCGCGCGAACGCAGGUCGCGUGGCGGCUUCUGCAUCCCUGCUGCUCCUGUUCAUGAGCGUGCAGUUGGCCCAGCCACUCUUCAUCCAGAGCUUGGUGAGUUUUCUCAACAAGCCCGCGGCCGCUCCAGGUGAAGGCUGGCUGAUGGCUUCCCUGAUCUUCACUUCGGCCCUGGCAUCCUCGGUUCUCGUCUCCGAAUUCUUCCGACAUGGCUUUGUCUUGGGAGUACUCUCGAGGACUGCUGCCAUGAGUGCCAUCUACGAGAAGGCUAUCAACAUGUCUGUGCUGGCACGAUCUGGCGGCUCCACCGGCAAAACCACGAACUUGAUGGCCGUUGACGCUGAGAAGUUCGUUAUGGCCUCCCAAGUCUUUCAUUUUCUCUGGAUCAGCCCGGUGAUGAUGAUAUUAUGUGGAAUUGUCAUGUGGUUCCGCAUCGGCCCCGCAGGAUUUAUUGGUUUGGCCUUCCUAUUCGUGACAGUUCCGGUUCAACACCUCCUCGCGAAGAGAGGAGGCCAGAUUCGCGUGAAAGCCCUGGCCUUCACUGAUGAGCGAAUGAAAUUCGUCACUGAAGUGGUGCAGGGUAUCCGAGUGGCCAAGCUCUACGCAUGGGAAGCUGCCAUUUUCCAGUAUGUUGCUUCGCUCAGACGGCGCGAGUGUGCAAAGCUCUGCGCCUCCCUCUUGAUGAAGAUCGCCGUGCGCGAGGGCAUCCUCUUAGUAGCGCCAGCAGUUGCCCUGGGGCUGAUUCUGGCCGGGAAGAUGUGGCAGGAUGGGGAGCUGGAACUGUCGGAGGCCAUCAUGAUCCUUGGACUGCUGAAUACCCUCAGGUUUCCGAUGAACUUGCUGGCGACGUCCUUUGCCGCAACUCAAGACUGUCUCGUAGCAGCAAAGCGAAUCUCAGCAUUUCUCCUGCUUGAAGAGAGUCGUCGGCGCGCUGAAGGCCCCAAAAACGACCCGGAGUAUUCGGCUCUUGCCACUUUUGCCGAGGGGGUUGUGUGUUGCUGGGAUCCCGCCCUGACGUUUCGCCUGCGGAUCCCUACUUGUCGGGUGGUUCGGGGCAGCCGAGUCGCCAUCCUCGGCCCGGUGGGCUCUGGCAAGACCUCCUUCCUGUCGAUGCUGCUAGAUGAGAUGCACCUUCUUCAAGGCCGCAGCUUUCUGGAUGGCCGGGUGGCCUACAUGGCCCAGGUGCCCUGGAUCCAGAAUGCCAGUUUGCGAGCAAACAUCCUCUUCGGCCUGCCCAUGGAUGAGGACAUCUACGAUGAAACUCUCGAAGCUGCAGCGCUGCAGACUGACUUAGAAGCCUUGUUGGAUGGAGACCUGACAGACAUCGGAGAGCGUGGAAUCAACCUCUCUGGUGGGCAGAAAGCUCGAGUGGGCUUGGCACGUUGCUUGUAUGCAGCUGCAACAAGGAAUGCUGAUGUUGUCAUGUUGGACUCCCCCUUUGCUGCCUUGGACACGCUGACGGCGCAGACUGUUGUUGAGGGCCUCAUCCGUAUGACCAGUGGUUGCACGUUGGUGUGCGCCAUGUCCUCCCACACCCAUCUCUUGCGGAACUUCGAAAGGAUUCUCAUCAUGAGUGAUGGGGAGAUCCUUGAGGAUGGGUCCCCGGAAGAGCUGCGCCAGCAAGUUGGACUUCUUCCCCACGUGGACACAGCUGAGCCGACACAGACCAAGCCCAUCGAAUCUAUGAAGUCGCCGACCAAGGCCCCAAAAGACGCAUCUCGGCGUUUGAUGCGAGCAGACACAGUAGCUCAGACCUUCCCGCUCACUGCUCUGGGCAAAUGGCUUGGAGGGCCUCGCGGGCGUUCGCAACGGGGUUUACUCAUUGGUGUGCCCAUUUGCCUUAUCUUCUUGGCAGGACAGGGUUGUCGCGUCAUCACCGAUGUGAGCCUCACUGAAUGGGCCGCUGGCCAGUCGGACUUCUCCACUUCUUUAGUCUUGCUUGCUGUGCUGGUGGCCCUGUUGGUGCUGCGCAUAAGCUGUUGUGCACUGGCCAGCUUUCGUGCCGCACGGCUCCUGCACAAUGAUAUGUUCUGGCGUCUCCUGAGGGCACCUGUCACGACAUACUUUGACAUAGUGACGACCGGAGAAAUCUGCAAUAAGUUUUCCAAAGAUCUGGAGUUCACGGACACUCAACUGCCGGAGCUUUUAACUCAGUUCUUGUCGAACUGUUCGCAGCUAUUCAUCAUCUUCGGGCUGACCAUCUUCGCCGUGCCGUGGUUCGCUGCCAUUCUAUGCUUGCUGUCUGUUGUCUUCGUCAUCGUUGCCGUUCAGUCGGGAUAUCUCUUGCGUGCUCUACAGCGUUUUGAAAGUGCGUCGAAGUCUCCGAUCUACACCUCUUUCUCGGAGACGUUGUCGGGCUUGCAGACAAUCUGUGCUUGGGGACAUCAGGAACGUUUUCAGGAAACCCACACGAAGAUUAUGCGGCACAACCUUCGCUUCUUCCACGCAGCCAGCAUGUCAGACAUUUGGCUCCAGUUUCGCCUGGAACUCUUGACCGUGGUCAUCAUCGGCAGCUUCACAUUCCUGGCUGUCGCCCUCCGAAGCUCCAUAGAUGGCAACACCGUGGGUUUGGCGCUUGUCUAUGCGAUACAGAUGACGGCGAUGUUCCAGAGAUGCACGAAGCUGGCAAUCCUUAUCGGGCAGAUGCUGACCGCUUGCGAGCGUGUGCUGAGUUUCGAGAAAGCUCCACAAGAGCCUGAUCUGGUACAUCCACAGGACGUCAAGCUGCAGGAGUGGCCCCAAGGAUCCAUCGCCUUCACUGAUGUUUCUGUGCAGUACCGGGAUGGUGACCUCGUCUUGAAGGAUGUUUGCUUUUCUGUUAAUGCGGGUACUCGCGUAGGAAUUUGCGGACGAAGUGGCGCCGGUAAAUCCAGCAUAGUGAUGGCUUUGUUUCGCAUGGUGGACCCGUGUGGAGGCAAAAUCAUGAUUGACGGGGUCGACAUCGCGACGGUUGGCGUGCACACCCUGCGGAAAAAUCUGGCCAUCAUCCCACAGGAGCCCAUCGUCUUCAGUGGCUCUUUGCGCUCCAACUUGGACCCAUUUCGGCAGGCUUCGGACGACACCGUGCUCACAGGCGCACUGGAGCAGGUGGGUCUACAGGGUCUUGUGAAGGAGGCCGGCUUGGAGAUGGCGAUUGCCGAACAGGGUGGGAAUCUGUCGCAGGGUCAGCGACAGCUGCUGUGCAUUGCCAGGGCUUUCGUCAGGAAGAACCGGAUCAUGGUUCUGGACGAAGCCACCUCUUCUGUAGAUGAGCAGACAGAUGGUCUCAUAAAGAAUCUGCUCCAAGCGCACUGGUCCCGAGGUCAUCACAAGUGUACUGUCCUCACUGUCGCCCACCGCUUAAGCACCAUACUGGAUUAUGACAGGAUUCUGGUGCUGAACAAGGGCGAGGUUGUUGAGUUCGAUGCUCCCUCCGAGCUCCUCUCGCGGCCUGAAGGUCACUUUGCUUCGAUGGCGAAGGAGACCCUCCAGCCCGAGAAGUUCACCAAGGCUUCCCUCUAA